CGUCACCCACCCAGCAGCAUCGCCACCGCCGCUGCUCGCGCCACCGCGUUGUGCGCUCAGCGCUCGGUCGGCUGCUAUUGCCGCUCCGACCUCCGCUGCCGCCGCUGGUGGUUGGUGUCCACCGUCGUCGUCGUCGCCGCUUCUAGGUGAGUUGCGUGCUGACACCGUAGUUCUAUCGGUGAUGUCUGCCGUGCGCGCUGCUGCUGGCAGCCCGCCGUUGCCGUUGUUCUCGACUACCUCUCCGAAUGACAACAUGUCGCCGUUCGCGUAGAGAUCGAAGAGCGAGCGGUAGCCAGCGACCAACCUGCCUGCCUACCUACCUGGCCUGUUAGCUGGCUACACUACGACGGUCGGCAGCAACGUUGAGUCGAUGGUCGGCGCUGCUGCGACCGUUGCGAAGACAGAGGGCGCGCUUAUGGGUAGGCCGGACAGGGUAUGCGUGUGUCGACCGACUGGUCGUGGUCAACGCGCAAGCCCGAGUUAAGAACUGGCAAGACAGAGCAGGACAUUGCAACAAGAACACAACGAAGCAGCGGAUUAGAAGGCCACAAGGCGUCGGGCGUAAGGAAACAAGAAACGAACACAGACGUCGUCAUCACCUCUCCUGUAAAAGCGAUGAAGAUGACCAGACUAUACUUGCAUGAUAGUGAGGCUGGGCGAGUGAGUAGCGUAAUGCUACUGCCAAAACUGCUUUUACUAGCACAACAAUCAGAAGAAAAGAUCAGUGAGAUUUAGUAAAAGAGUGUUGAGUCUGUCUGCAUGUAUGCGUGUGUGUGUGUGUGCAUGGGAGAGUGUUGUUAAAUGGAGAAUCUGUACUGGUGAGAGUGAAUCCGAAAGCCGAGAGUCAGCUCCCUGGCUCGAUUGGGCUAAUUGAGUGCCGACGAUCUGUGACGGCCCCGUGCGUAAUCGUAGGCCGAGGUCGUUGCACGGUGGUGAUCCCGGGUUUGUGCGUUCCGUGCAUGUGCUGGCCGUGCCAUGCACGUCUGUGGCUAAUCUCCGCCGCGUUCUGUAUCUGAUCAUUACGCUGUAUCGCAGUACCACUACGGCCGGAGUCGGAUUUCGAACCCGUCUGUAGUGCUGUCGCUGACGGCGUAACCGCUCGAAUAGCAGCAGCCACGCGACGGCAUAGCAACAUAGUAUUUACGUUUGUCACUCCGUCCUUUGCUUAUAGUUGUCGUCGUUCUUGCUAGACAGACAAAGCAAAACUACAGUAAUAUCAGCAGCAGCAGCAUCAGCAGCAGCAGCAGCAGCCUGCGAACACAUGACCCAAAAUGUGAUGAACGAAACGACACCAAUAUCGAGGACGAUGAGGUCGCUAGCAGGGUAACCACAGAGAGUAAGAACAGGACAGCUUCACGUACGUUGUGCGAUAGCUAUAAAGAGCUUUAAGGAAAUCGACACGGUGGACGCACGUAGAAAAGAGCAGCGCGCUAGGUGACCCCGCAACACCAGAGGCAAUAGCGGCCGUACAGAAGAGCUAGGCGGCUUGCUAGAAUAUAGACGGAACGAAACGACCAAAGUGCUGGCGAAGGCGUUCGUUGCGGUUGUAGUGGCUGGCGUGCUGCGUGUGUCCUUCAGGGAUUGUGCAAGUUCAUCAUUGAAAGCACUGACGAGGUGCGAAGGUCUGGGAAAGCAUAACGCUGCCACCAUCUCGCUUGUCGCGCUGUUCUAAAAUAAUGAGCGCACCUAACGGAACACACCAAAAAAUGGAAAUAGGGAAAGAAAAACUAAAGAAAGAUCUAAGGAACAACGUAACCUCGAAAAGCCUCGAGAUAGUAGUGCUCCUAUGUCGUGGAGUACAGAGUGUUAAGCGGAUGACGCGUAUAAUGCUUAUGCUGAGUUUGGUGCUGCAGAUGUAAUAACUGCUCAGGUGCAGUUUGAGCAGUGCAGCGGUAGGGGCCGCCGUCGAAAAAUCGUGCGAUGAAAUCGAUACAAAUCAUGCACGCCCCGCUCGUGUCCUAAGCAAUGAUUUAAUCUAUAGUGAACACGACAAGGAGAGCACGGUGAAUGUGUGUAUGAUCUUCACAAAACCCGUCACGUGGAGUAUAAAGGGCGCGGCACGUUUCAAGAACGAGAUGUUGGGAAACACGCUAACCGCCAAGCGACACGGGGGUCCCCCGCUGCAUCAUGUUGUCGAAGAACAGCAACAACAACAGCUGCAACGACAAAAGGCGCUACGCGAGGACGGUGUCAUCCUCGACGCCGACGGCCAAAGGAAGUAAAAGGUGAGUGAAGGAGCAGGCCAAAUGCACACUCAGUUUGAUCUACUAAACACCGCCUGAUAGGCCUGCACUCGAGUACAGCGCUGUGAAGAAACGGCGAUGCUAUUUGCACUGAAAAAGCAUAUGAUCGAGAGAAAGCUUGUCUCGGGAUUGUCAAAGGCCGAAAUAAAAUGUCGAUGAAUCGAUAGGAACGUGGUGAGACCCGUGAGUUUUUGGAUGGAAACAAACACUGCGCGCAUGUCUGUUUGGCAAAAAAAGAAACAACAGGAACACAAAGGUCAGGCUUUAUGUCACUACAAACGACGCAGAGAGGAACGGCAACGCAGAUAAAAACGACGAGGGCUUGGAGCGUAAACAAGCAAAGUUUUCUGUUUAAUAGAAAAGAUUACCAGCGCCGAAGUACUCGAAAAGCAGCGGGAAAUAUCAAACUCAAAUAACAACGGCAAAAUAAUUAACACUUGAACAGAAGAUCGAACCGAAGAGGCCGACAAGACUGCCACCGAAAGGGAAGCGUCGAAGAACUUGCAGAUCAGCCUCGCCGUCAUCUGCUUCGUCAGUCUAACUUUGAUCGAAUUAUCAGUAUUGGCGUUGUUAUUGUACGUAUUUACGCAACGUACCAAGGAAAUGAGCAACGAAGGCGGUGAAACAGGCGAUGAAAAGGGCGGUACUGGAGGUGGCGGGGAUGGCGGAGGAAACGCGAUCACGGGUGGAGGUCUGCCGGCGAACCUCCUGCCACCCCCUCCGGCGCCAGCCGAUGCUUCUGCUAACGGAAGCCAACAAGGGGACGAUGAAGAUAUUAUUCCGUUACAAAUAUUCGUUCCCGAAUUAGUGCUUCAGAAAUGCUUCAAUGUUCGGCGCGACGAACUUAUCUGGGAUAUAAAACAGACAAUUCUGUCGUCGCUACCCAAAGAGCUAAAGGAAAGCUUUAAUUAUGGUCUAUACUGCCCACCUGUCAAUGGAAAAUCGGGCAAGUUCCUGGAUGAGGAGCGGCCUAUUAGCGAUUAUCCUCUUAUGGACCCAGUGGCAUAUCUCGAACUACGCUACAAGCGAAGGGUGUACCGCAUGGUCAACGUGGACGAAAAGCAAAUUAAACAAUUGCAUACGAGGGCCAACCUUCGUCGAUUGCUCGAUAGCGUGGGCAGCGGGAACGUGGAAAAGGUAAACAAACUAUGCACUCGCGGUUUGGACCCCAACUUUCACGAUCCGGACUCUGGGGAAACCCCACUUACGUUGGCAGCCACGCUAAAAGCCUCAGGAAAACUCGUCAUCGCUCUGAUUAACGGAGGAGCCCUCGUCGAUUACCGAACGAAGGAUGGUCGAACAGCUUUACACCGAGCAGUCGAAAAGAACAACCUCGAAGCGCUCAAGACAAUGCUUGACCUGGGGGCAUCGCCCAAUUAUCGGGACUCGAAAGGCCUCACGCCGCUCUACUACACGAUUACGCACGGCGCCGACGUGCAACUUGCUGAAAUGCUACUGCACGACCAUGCGGCAAUCGGGGCCACCGAUCCCCAGGGGUGGCAGGAGGUCCACCAGGCGUGCAAACACGGCAUGGUGAAACACCUCGACCAGCUGUUGUACUACGGCGCGGACAUUAAUGCGCGGAACGCUUCCGGCAAUACGCCAUUGCACGUAUGCGCUGUCAACGAUCAGGAAGAGUGUCUGAAGUGCCUCCUCAAGCGUGGCGCUGAUACACAGGCGCUCAACUAUGCCAAUCAGACGCCAUAUCAGGUGGCAGUUAUUGCAGGCAACCAUAAGCUUGCUGAUAUGAUUAACGCCCACAAGCCAGAACACGUUGUGGCAUUCGAGGAGGCGCCGUCUUACAACCCGCGCCGUCGCGUCUCGGCCGUGGGCGCGGUGCUUUCCUCGACGGUAUCGGAUAGUCGGCUGUAUACGUCGCGGUCAGCGUCGGCGGCGCCCGCCUCGCGCGAGCCAUCCGCCGUUCCCAGCAGCUCGGGUUAUCCACCUUCCCGAAGCCCUUCGAACCGGUCUCUACCCGCUUUGUCCAGUGAUACGCUCUCCAUACACUCGGGGUCUACCUUCCAAGACGAGUUCGCCCUAGAGCGUCCGUUACAUGAAUCCGUAACCCAGUCGGCGCCCUCGCGAGAUCCCAAAAGCCAUGUUCUCGCUGCCGGCAGUAUCUGCAUUGCCCAACAGAACUAUGUCGCCCAGUCGAAGCAGCAAUUGAGUCUCCGUUCCGGAGACACGAUCGAGGUGCUUCGCGUGCUCGACUCGGUGAUGUUGGAGGGCCGCAAUCGGGAUACCGGUCACUGCGGCCUAUUUCCCACUGUGUGCGUUGCGCUCCAGGGAGCAAAUCAACCUUCACCCGGACGCAGCGACCCAAAUGAUCCUGAAGGCCGCAUCCCUCGAGGACGGUCGCCAAAAGGACCGCACGGGACCUCCGCAAAAAUGUUCGGUGAACCCCGCACAGUUGUCCUUCACAAGGGGAAGAAAGGAUUCGGAUUCGUUCUCAGGGGAGCUAAAGAUCGCAAGAUGUUUAAAGCUGAAAUGAAUGACAACUGGCCAUCGCUGCAGUAUCUCGACGAUGUAGACAAAGGAGGUGUAGCUGAUAUGGCCGGCCUUAAAAAAGGAGACUUUCUGCUCGAGAUUAAUGGACAGGACGUGUCUCAGGCGUCCCACGAGACGGUAGUGAAUAUCAUAAGACAGAGCGGGGACCUGGUCGCCAUGACGGUGGUGUCUGCCGUCGCUGGAGAUGCCGGCUCGCAAGCCAACUAUAGGCAAUGCGCCACGCUUCCUAGUAAGCUAUCCAAGAAAGGUCGUUCCGUUUCAGCGCCCGCUCCUCCGAAGCGAGACCCCAAGACGACGCUGACGCUCGGGCCCAAGCCGGGCGGACACGGCGGGCUUGCAGCAGGUCACGCCGUUGGCCACGGCUUAGGGCUCGGGCCUGGUAACGGCCUGGGCCCCACAAUCGAUCCGAGCCAGACUUUGGCCGGACCCGAUGCGGCAAUCUCGUUCGCUCAACAGCAGCAGCAGCUGCUGGCUCAGCACCAGGCGCUCCAGCAAGCACAAGCGCAAGCCGCAGCGGCGGCGCAGCAAUUACAACAACAACAGCAACAGCAUCAAAAGCAGCAGCAGCAGCAGCAACACCAGCAGCAUACAGCAGUAGGAGCUCAGCAACCGCAACAGGGGUCAACAGUUCAGCAGGUGCAUUACGAGGACGACCGGAUGUGCAUGUCAGCGAUAGACGAUGGUAACAAGCUCGCUUCUAUUAGGUCCCGGCCGUCUUCUCGAAGAAUGACUAGUGCCGAACUGGAGGAGUUCUUCACGAGACAAAGUGAGCAGAAUCUCAAGCAUAGGCAGCAGCAGCAGCAGCAGUUUGACGAGGACGCACGAAGGUGCGCUACGAUCGCGCGCUUCCCCAAGUCCGGCGACAAUAGUAGCGCCAAGUCGGGCACCGGCGACAUCAAACCUGCGAGCGCUGAGGAAGAAGAAGCUCUCAAGGCGCUUCAUAAGAACUUCGCCAGUGUGCCCGACCUUAACAAAGACAACGAUGCGACGUCCAAGUCGCGAAGCACAAGUGGUGACGAUCUCAAAGACGGGUUGCUUCACCUUCGACAAGGGGAAUUGGUCUACUCGAAAAGCAACAAAGCACGCUACAAAGAUGACAGGCUAAUUUACGCGGAGACCCUUCCGUUGGGUAAGAAGCCACCCGCCGGAGCGGGCCCUCCGCCUAGCCAUCCGCCACCCCCUCCGCCAGGUCAGGGACAACAGCAGCAGCAGCAGCAACAGAUGCUUCAGGUCGGUGGUGCCAAACCUACGGAUUACGCUGGCCUAUCGGAUAUCGGCCUCGACGGUUCAGCAACGGCUCCGGGCGGAAUUAUGUCGAGUUUCAGGCCGGGUGACUCGGCCAAAUUAUACGCAAGCCCUGAGUCGGUCAUGUCCUCGGUGGGGUAUCGCCCGACCAACCAGCCACAAAGUGGACAGACGCCGAUGGCUCAUCGUUCGCGGUCGGUCCCGCCGCCUAAGAACCGAGCUUCUGGCGGGCCUGAUUCUGCUGCUGCGACCUACAAAUUGCAGGUCAUCGCAGGAAUGGGCAGCGCGACUCGAGGCGAUGAGCCAAUGCUUGGAGAAGAGGCAGGAACGCCUCCACUUCCGCCGCCACCGGCCGAGAGCCUUCCACAACACCCGCGUCACCCUCUUUCAGGACAUCACCCUGGACAUCCGCCAUUCAUUCCAGAUCCCGACUACAAUAGUUCGGAUGAUGACACACCCAAACAAGGUUUAUUCUCCCCUUCAGAUCUCCCGUUGCCACCACCGCCUCCCCUGCCGGGCCAGGCGUCAGGCGGCGGCGCCGCGCAGAUCAAGCCACCGGUGCGGUCCAGCUCGAUCCAGGAGCAGCCGUUGCCCAAGCCUCCACAUGGUACAGCAGCCCAGCAGCUCAACGCGAGUGCCACCGGGGUGCAGAUCAAGCGACAGGGAGAUAAGCUAGUAUUAGAGCAGCAGGUAGUAGGAGGCAAAGAGCACCCGGGAGGUCCAACCCAGUCUGUGAUGCGCUGCAGCACAGCUACAGCCGGCCAAAUGCAGGCCGCACUGGCAGCGUCUGGUCAGCUGGCGAUGGGUGCCGCUGCAGGCCAGUGCAAUGCCAUCAAUCGGCCUAUGAGUCAUGACGACUCGUCACUCAUCGAGAAGAAACUCAUUGAGCAACGCCGGGCCCAGGUGAUACAGCAGCACAUCCUGGCCCAACAGCAACAAAUGCAGCAGCGGACAGCUUCUGGCUCAAAUGCAACAAACGAGGAGCUGUUGAAACGCCUCAAUCAAAGCUACGUUCAGCGGGGGCAAAGCGCCGAAGAGAUGCUCAACACCUCAAGGCAACAUCAGCUUACUCUGCAGCGUCAACAGCAACAACAACAGCAGCAGCAGCAGCAGCAACAGCAACAGCAACAGCAGCAGCAGCAACAACAACAACAACAGCUAGCCGCGCAACAGCAGCGCAGAAGCCAGAGUGCGACUCGAAGCAGUGAGACGAACAACAACAAUAACGCGAACAACGCUACGAGCUCGCUUAGCCAGCAGCAGCUGUACUUCUUGCAGCAGCAGCAGCAACAGGCGCGCCUCCAACAGCAGCAGACGACGCUGCCGCUCACCAAACACAGUCAGGUGUUGACGCCACAACAACAAGCUGCAUUGCAUCAGCAGCAGAUUUAUCAGCAGCAUCUUCAAAGACAGCGCGAGCUGCAAAUGCAGAAUCAGGGUCUUUAUGGACCGACGCAGGGGAAUCAGGCCAGCGGACAACCCCCGCAAAAUAUUCCUAAGAAGACUCUUAAGAUUAGGUUGGACCAGAAAGUGCAGGCAACCCGCCGUACCCAGGACCGUUGUAGUUCGCUAGAUAGAAACAUGGCUCUCCAGAGGUCGCUGAACUCGGGCACGGACUGCUCAGGACUACGCAAGAGCAUCGACGAGAGCUUGCAAUUUAUCCGCAUGCAAGUUGACAGUUUGGGACUAGCUUCCGUGUCCGAGGUGGCUAGCGACACGCUGCCUGAGGUGGUACCCCCGCCACCGGAGUUCACGGCCUCGGCGGGUCAGGCCGGCACCCCCCACGGUCCAGGUGCCGGAGGAGGCGGCCGUGGAGCAUGUCCGCCCCCGCCACAGUUCAGUGACCACCUUCAGCAUCACGCCCGCUCAACCACCGUGCCCCAUCUUACUCCACAGCAACACGCCCAACUGAGUCCGGCUCAGCAGGCGGCAUACCAGGCCGCACUUCAGCAGCAGCAGCAGCAGCAACAGCAACAACAACGACAACAACUUCAGCAACAGAGACAACAACUUCAACAGCAACAUUCGGAUCGAGCCUCUCCGGACCUGAGACAGCAGUACGCGCAGCAAAUAGCGCAGCAACAACAGCAGGCCGCUUAUGAGGCAUACGCUAAGAGGCUGCAGUUACAGCAGCAGCAGCAGCAGCAGCAACAACAGCAGCAACAAAACGGUUGCUCUGCUGGCCUGCCAGCAGGCUUCACAGGCGGUGGAACUCUGCGCAUGGUGCGGCAGAACCAGGCCGGGUGGGAAAACCAGCCCCUGGAUCCACGCCAACAGUUUGGUACAAUCGGGGGGCGCAUGAGCCAGAUUCACCAGUCCCAGCCACACCAGCAGCAGUCGCGUCUGCAACAACAAUACCAACAGUAUCAACUGCAGAAGCAGCAGCAGCAGCAGCAGCAACAGCAGCAGCAGCAGCAGGUGGCCCAGCAACAGCAAGGUGUUCUGCAGGUGGAGAGACACGACCUAGCUAGGCUUCGAACGGUCCAAAGGGAGUUCCGUAUGAAAUCGCUUGACCAGUGGACCCAGCGGGAUGUUGCUGACUGGUUGGAGUCUUUGUUCCUUCAGGAGUACAAGCCCAACUUCCAUGGAGUGAAUGGCGUUAAGUUGCUACAGAUGACUCAGAACGACUUUAUCGCGCUCGGUGUCAAACAGGUUGGCCAUCGCGUCAAUAUGGAGCGCUCGCUCAAGAGGUACAUGAAGUGAGAGGGGCGUACGACAUUGCAUGGAAGCGCCCACCUUGCGUACGGCUUAGCCGACUGUGCAGCAAGCAAUUAUAAAAUAAUGCUGAAAGGAGAAUUCGUACGAAACUAAACAGAAGCGAAUGCAAAUAAACGAGAAAGAGUGAAGAAGACUGGCUCGUGAAAGAGAUAUCACAAAAACCGCGGUUUGACCGAGACAAAUACCCAAAGAACGAAUGCGAGCAACAACUGAAAAAAUGACAAAAAAAAUCUGAAGAAUAUGUCACACCGAUCGUCUGCGCAAGUCUAACAGGCAAACAAGCGGACGCCAAUAAUAGUGCUAGCGUAUUACACUAUCGUAAGAACGCCAUAAUUUUAUCACCAGACCGAGAGCGUUCUGAGCGUUUGACCAGACGGACAUCGCCGCGACUUGAGACAAGCGCCCCCUAGCGGUAUACCCCCUGAGCGGACGGCAUCUCGCCCUAUCGCCAACAGCAACAGAAACAAUAACUUCGACAACAGCAGCAGCAACAAAGAGUAGGACAACUGCAACCUAUUUUAGUCCUCAUAACUUCCGUCAAAGAUAACCUGAAAAAAGUUACCCAAACAAUCACCCUUCCACACCCCCCAAACAUCCUAACUAAGCCAUCGAAGCAACACACAGUUUGUGUAUGGUCACAAGCUUUGUAGCCCUCCCUCUCUCUCUCUCUCUCUAAACUAACUGGUUACUCUUGCCACCAAUUUAUAUUAGUACGAAUAGUAAAAAGGAUGGUAAUAGAUAUAUGUGUCUUAUACCUCGUUUCAGUUGGUUUCCAUAAAUGUUAUCCGAAUGCUAAAUAAGCAGGAGAAACUUAAUAGAUUAAGUAUAUUCUCAAUUGAUACUGAUA